CUCCAACAAGAACAACCCAGAGAGAAUUCCGCAGAUGGCAAUGAUCAGUGCAGAUUUCAUGCGAGGCUGACAUGAAAUAUUAUCUCCAUCAACAUUGCUAAAAACAAGUAAAAAGUCCCAACAAUCUCCGCGUACACCUAUGUUGAUCGACCCCUAAUACCAACCAAUCAACAUCACACUAACCAAUUCUCUUAAUAUCUAUCGACAUUUCCAAUAAUUCGAAGAUUACUGGCUGCCAACUCCAGUCCCUCACUUUGCCACUUUCAAUCACUAUAUGAACCUCAGAGGCCAUAUGCUCUUACCAUAAACUAGCAUCCAUUUUUCAGAGAAAAUAAAUAAACAUGGCAGUUUAUAGUUGCAGGUUCCUUUGCUUUAUUUUGGCUAUAUGGAUUGCAGUUGGAAUGUCAAUUUCCGGCCAAAUUGCUGCUGCUCAAAGCUGUAACACUGAUCUUACCGAUCUUGUAUCUAAAUGCCAGAGAUUUGUAAUAAAAACAGGACCAAAGUUUUCACCAUCACCUAGUUGUUGUGCCGUGGUGAAGAAUGUUGAUGUGGCCUGUGUUUGUGAUCUUAUUACAAAGGAGAUUGAAGAUAUGAUCGACAUGGACAAGAUGGUGUAUGUGGCUCGAUCCUGUGGCAAAAAGAUUUCGGCAGGAACCAAAUGUGGAAGUUAUAUUGUUCCAACAGCUUAAACUGGAAGACUAUGAAGCUGGAUGAUGUUUCUACAAAUAAGAAUAAGGCAUGAUGCUGAAAUUCCUAUAUACAUGUAUGAUCUAUUCUUAUGAUAUAUAUCAAUAGAAAGUAAUAUCUUUUACUAUACCAGA